CUGUCGGUUCAGGUUCAGCGUUGCGGCUUUUGUCCAGCCUCCUGACGGUGCGCAGCUCAGGGAACCGAGUGCCUUGCGCUUUUUUCAUGAAAGCCAUUCACCAUCAGUCUGAGAUCUGGGCUUAAGUGGGAGUGGAUCUGAAGGGCCCGGUCUGGCUGUGAUUUUUUUACUUUCACACAUGGCGCUCUAGUAUAAGCACACUACACUUGUGGAUUGUGGAAGGGACCGAGUUUUGUUAAAAGUCGCCCUUUUUCUGUACGGCCGCGGGCGCUAAUCAUGGAGAUGCAUAUGUGUACCACCAGGUGGAAAACGAAAAAAUGGCUAUGGGAUUCAACGCUAAUCGCUGCGGUCACGUUAACUUUCCUUCUGCAAGCUGCCGGUGUCAGAGCAGCUGAACCAGUAGAUGUCCUGAAGGCUCUAGACUUCCAGAGCUCUCCUGAAGGAGUACGGAAAACACCAGGCUUCUGCACGGCCCGGAGAGGAUCCAAACCAGACGUUGCUUACAGAGUGGGAAAACAGGCUCAGAUCAGUGCUCCAACCAAACAGCUCUUCCCAGGAGGAGUUUUCCCAGAAGAUUUCUCCAUCCUGUUUACCAUCAAGCCCAAGGCUGGCCUCCAGUCCUUCUUGCUGUCGGUGUACAACCAGCAAGGCAUCCAGCAGCUGGGCGUGGAGGUGGGCCGUGCGCCCGUUUUCCUGUACGAGGACCAGAAUGGCAAGCCUGCCCCAGAAGAGUACCCCCUGUUCCGCUCCAUCAACCUGGCUGACGGGAAAUGGCAUCGUGUAGCCAUCAGCGUGGAGAAGAAGAGUGUCACCAUCAUUGUGGACUGUAAGAAGAAGGUGACCAGGCCCCUCGCCAGAAGCGACCAGGCCGUUAUCAACACAGAAGGCAUUACUGUCUUUGGAACCAGAAUCCUGGAUGAGGAAGUCUUUGAAGGUGACAUCCAGCAGCUGCUGAUAGUGGCAGACCCCAGAGCAGCCCAUGACUACUGUGAACACUACAGCCCUGACUGUGAAACCCCCAACCACCACGACACCCCCCAGGCCCAGCAACCCGACGAAGAGUACACUAACUAUGAUUAUGGCGAGCUCUAUGACUACAAUGAAGGAGCGGUUACCACUGACCCUGCCCCAACUGCAGAAGUCAAGGCUGAGACAAAUGUUGGUGGAGAAUACUACACGGAUGAGUAUGACUACUCCACAGUGGAUGGAAAUCAGCCUGAAACCCCCACUGAGACCACUGGCCCGACCUAUGAAGGGGAGAUAGUGGAUGAUUACAUCACUGGUGUGGAGCAGGUCGGAGUGGACCCCACCGCUGUGGCAGAAAACCCUGCUCCAUCUGACCCCAAUGUGAAAGCAGAACCUGAUGUUUAUGAAUUCAAGGAAUACGACCUGAAGGAAUAUGACCACAAAGAGGUUGUAGAGAAGCCAUACGACUAUAGUGAUUAUGGCGAUUAUGGCACCGCUAAAGCCAAUCCAACACCCGCAUUAUACGAGGAGGAGUUCGGUCCUGGUGUUCCAGCUGAGACGGACAUCCGAGAGAGCAAUCUUGGUGGAGGAAGUUACCUGGGAGAAAAAGGAGAGAAGGGUGAACCUGCCGUCAUUGAGCCUGGGAUGCUUGUAGAAGGACCCCAAGGAGCCCCCGGCCAAGCAGGUGUUCCUGGUACCUCAGGAUUGCAGGGUCCUCCAGGUCCCCUAGGAGAUCAUGGUGAGAGGGGUCCUCCAGGGCGUUCUGGUCUGCCCGGUUCAGACGGUGUCCCGGGGCCUCCAGGUACCAUUCUGAUGCUUCCAUUCCGUGCGGGUGGUGAGUCGCACAAGGGACCUGUGGUUUCAGCCCAGGAAGCUCAGGCUCAGGCUAUCCUGUCUCAGGCCAGGCUUGCCAUGAGAGGACCUUCGGGGCCAGCGGGCAUGACAGGAAGGAACGGACCUGUGGGAGGUCCUGGUUCUAACGGAUUUAAAGGUGACGGUGGUGACUCCGGACCACAGGGACCCAGAGGUCUUCAGGGUUCAACUGGUCCUACAGGGAAAGCAGGAAAGAGGGGCCGUAACGGAGUCGAUGGUGCCCGAGGAAUGCCAGGAGAGGGAGGCGGCAAGGGCGACAGAGGUUUCGACGGCCUCCCUGGUCUUCCUGGAGAAAAGGGGCAUAGAGGAGAGCUCGGCUCUUCAGGUCCUCCAGGCUCUCCAGGAGACGAUGGCCAGAGAGGUGAAGAUGGCCAGGUUGGACAGAGAGGUGUGGCUGGAGAGAGUGGUCCUCGAGGUUUGCUCGGCCCCAGAGGGUCUGCGGGUACUGGUGGGCAGCGUGGUCUUUCUGGUCCUGAUGGUCAAUCUGGUCCCAAAGGAAACAUGGGUCCACAAGGAGAGCCGGGGCCUCCUGGGCAGCAGGGUAAUCCUGGUCCACAUGGUCUUGGUGGUCCUCAAGGUCCGAUUGGGCCUCCUGGUGAAAAAGGACCUCAAGGGAAACUAGGUUUGGGUGGCCUUUCUGGUGCUGAUGGCCCUCCUGGUCACCCCGGUAAAGAAGGUCCUGCAGGCGAGAAAGGAGCAGCUGGUUUCAAUGGUCCUUUGGGAUCCAUCGGCUACCCUGGGCCUCGCGGUGUGAAAGGUGCUGAGGGAAUUAGAGGCCUUAAAGGGGGCAAAGGAGAAAAGGGAGAAGAUGGGUUCCCCGGCUUCAAAGGCGACAUGGGUCUCAAGGGUGACAAGGGUGAGAAUGGUGUAUUGGGAGUCAGAGGAGAGGAUGGCCCCGAGGGCCCCAAGGGAACAUCAGGACCAAACGGAGAGUCCGGUCCUUUGGGAACAGGUGGAGAGAAGGGAAAACUUGGAGUCCCUGGAUUACCUGGAUACCCUGGUCGACUAGGCCCCAAGGGCUCCAACGGAUUCCCUGGAUUCCCAGGGGCGAAUGGAGAGAAGGGAGGAAGGGGAAUCGCCGGCAAAGCAGGACCGAGAGGGCAGCGCGGCCCAACGGGUCCACGUGGUGGGCGUGGUGCUAGAGGACCAACCGGAAAGCCAGGUGCAAAGGGCACUUCAGGCAAUGAUGGAGCAGGGGGUCCACCAGGAGAGAGGGGACCUCAAGGACCACAGGGACCCGUCGGCUUCCCCGGACCUAAAGGACCAAACGGACCGGCAGGAAAAGAUGGGCUGCCCGGUCACCCCGGACAGAGAGGAGAGACGGGCUUCAAUGGAAAGACGGGACCUCCGGGACCUGGAGGGGUGGUUGGACCUCAGGGCCCGACUGGAGAGACAGGACCUAGCGGAGAGCGAGGACACCCAGGCUCUCCAGGUCCACCUGGUGAGCAAGGUCUGCCUGGAUCUGCUGGAAAAGAGGGCGGAAAGGGUGAUCCAGGUCCUCAGGGUGGUGGUGGCAAGGCAGGACCUUCCGGCCUCAGGGGCUUCCAGGGGGCCAGAGGUCUUCCAGGAGCCAUGGGUCCAGGUGGCUUGAAGGGAGGAGAAGGGCCUCAGGGUCCCCCCGGCCCCCUCGGUUCUCCUGGAGAGAGAGGUGCUGCUGGCCCUGGAGGUCCCAUCGGCCUGACAGGACGCAACGGCCCCCAAGGACCACCGGGCCCUGCUGGAGAAAAAGGAGGACCUGGAGAGAAAGGACCCUUGGGCCCCGCUGGCCGUGAUGGCAUUCAGGGUCCUGUUGGUCUUCCUGGUCCUGCCGGCCCUCAGGGGCCCCCCGGAGAGGACGGUGACAAGGGAGAAGUUGGUGGACCCGGACAGAAGGGAAGCAAAGGAGACCACGGUGAACUGGGUCCACCAGGCUCAGCCGGUCUUCAGGGUGUGCUCGGAGCUCCUGGUCCAGCUGGCAGCGAUGGUGAGUCUGGACCCAGGGGACAGCAGGGUAUGUUUGGCCAGAAAGGAGACGAAGGAUCCAGAGGAUUCCCCGGUCUUCCAGGACCCGUCGGACUGCAGGGUUUGCCCGGCCCUCCUGGUGAGAAGGGAGAGAACGGAGACGUUGGAGCAAUGGGUCCACAUGGUCCUCCUGGCCCCAGAGGUCCUCAGGGUUCCAGCGGAGCCGAUGGUGCUCAAGGUCCUCCCGGUGGUAUCGGUUCAAUGGGAGGUGUUGGUGAGAAGGGAGAAAACGGUGAAUCUGGCAACCCAGGAUCAGCUGGAGAGCCUGGUCUCGGAGGUAUCCGUGGAGAGAAUGGAGAGAAGGGAGAAUCCGGCCCCCCCGGAUCUGCUGGACCAGCCGGUGCCCGCGGGCCCCCUGGAGACGACGGCCCCAAGGGCAACCCCGGUCCUGUCGGAUUCCCAGGAGACUCCGGUCCCCCUGGAGAGGCCGGUGCUGCUGGUCUUGACGGUUUAGCUGGUGACAAAGGAGACGACGGAGAGGCCGGACAACCAGGCCCUGCAGGUCCAUCUGGUGAGGCUGGAGUACCAGGACCUCCGGGUAAAAGGGGACCUAUUGGAAAAGCAGGUCUGGAGGGCAAACAAGGAGAAAAAGGAUCCAAGGGAGAAGCUGGAGCCGAGGGGCCUGAUGGGAAAACUGGACCUGUGGGACCUCAGGGGCCCGCUGGGAAGUCCGGUCCUGAGGGACUGCGUGGAAUUCCUGGCCCUGUUGGUGAGCAAGGGUUACCUGGUGCUUCUGGUCAAGACGGCCCCCCUGGACCUAUUGGACCCCCUGGACUCUCUGGUAUGAAAGGUGACUCUGGAGGGAAGGGAGGGAAGGGUCAUCCCGGUCUUAUCGGUCUGAUCGGACCUCCUGGUGAGUCCGGCGAGAAGGGAGACAGAGGACUACCUGGAUCUCAGGGUACCAGCGGAGGAAAGGGAGAUUUUGGUACUGUUGGUACCUCUGGUCCCCUCGGCCCUCCUGGUCCUCCUGGUAUUUCUGGCCCUCAAGGACAGAAAGGUUCCAAGGGAACAUUCGGUACAGCCGGUCAGAAGGGAGACACUGGACUGAUCGGACAACCCGGACCCCCUGGUCCUCCCGGUGACUUCAUCCAGCCGCUGCCCAUCCAGGGGGCAGGCAGCAGGAAGACGAGGCGGCAGGCUGACGUUCAGGGAGACGCUGCGAUGGCAGACUACAGCGUGGAUGCCGGUAUGGAGGGAAUGGAGGAUGUCUUCGGAUCCCUCAACAACCUCAAACAGGACAUCGAGCGCAUGAAGUUCCCCAUGGGCACCCAGGACAAUCCUGCCAGGACCUGCAACGACCUGCAACUCAGCCAGCCCGACUACCCCGACGGUGAAUACUGGAUCGAUCCCAACCAGGGCUGCACCGGAGACGCCAUCCAAGUGUUCUGUAACUUCACAGCGGGCGGAGAAACCUGCAUCUUCCCAGAUAAGAAAUCCGCAGGGGUUAGAAUAUCCAACUGGCCCAAGGAGUCUCCAGGGGCAUGGUUCAGUGAAUUUAAACGUGGAAAGAUUUUGAACUACGUUGACAUGACAGAAAGCACCAUCGCCACAGUUCAGAUGACCUUCCUGAAGCUUCUGAGCUCCUCGGCUCGGCAGAACAUCACCUACAUCUGCCAUCAGUCGGUGGCCUGGUACGACGCCAAGGCGGACAGCUACGACAAGGCGCUGCGCUUCCUGGGCUCCAACGACGAGGAGCUGUCCUACGACAAUAAUCCCUUCAUCAAGCCCCUGACGGACGGCUGCUCGCUGAAGCAGGGCUACUCCAAGUCGGUGCUGGAGAUCAACACUCCCCGCAUCGACCAGUUGCCCAUCAUUGACGUCAUGCUGAAUGACUUUGGGGAAUCCAACCAGAGGUUUGGCUUUGAGGUCGGCCCCGUCUGUUUCCUCGGCUAGACACACCCCCUACUCCCCGCUGAAGGACAGGGUCAGAGGGUCCAUACUAACACCCACAUGCUGAGAUCCCACCGCCUUAAACCUUCUCUCCCUGCGAAGUCAAAAACCUGUGUUUUCUUUCGUUGCCGAGAAGAUCCACUGAAGCCCUGGAGAAGAAGAGUUGCCCCCCCCCCCAGGCCCUGUCAUGAAGUGCUGACCCGGGGAAGCUACUCCUCGCCCUUGUAGGGCCAGAAUCACAUGACUUUAACUUACAUGUAGGAACGGGAGUGACAUCAGGAAAAGGACAUUUGAUGCCGUGGCGGACAGAGCAACAGAGAGGAUCCACUCCCCCCCCCCCCCCCCCCCCCCCCCCACGCCUCCCUCUCUGGAGCUCCAGGUGCUGCUCUGAAUACAACCACAGGGGUGCUUUUGUGCAGAAUCACAAAACACUCAAGGUGCUACAAAAAAGUGCUUUUUGAUAAAACUGUAAUUAUUAUUAUUAUUGUGUAUAAUAUUGUUCUUUCCUGAAUCCACUCAACUUGCAUGUGCCCCAGCUCUUAGUUUAAAUAAGUAUUUGGUAAGCUAUAGGAAUAAAUCCAAUGAGUAUAUUUGAUGUGUGUUAAAAACAAAAUUGCUAAGAAAUAUGUCUUUUGAAAACAUUCCAAUUUGUAAGUACAAAAUAAUCCUUUUGUAAAUAAUAUGACUUUCAGUAUUUGUUAUUAAUAAGAGCUAACUGGAACAUCACCUAACUCUAAAAGCAUUUUGUCUUUUUCAUGCCAGUUGGUAUGCCCAUUAGGAUAUUAAGCCAUAAUAAAAUGAGAUAUUAAUAUAAAUAUUGUAAGAAAGGGCUUGUUCUUCCACACUUUAUUCCCUCAGAUGUUAUAUUGUACCUCAGUUUCUUUUACAAAAUGUGGACAUAUUGGGCUCCUCAUCAACCAUGUUGUUAUCUUGAUAACACAAUCACAAUCUUUGUAAAAUGACUUCCAAAGAAAAGUAGUCCAAUUGUUGUGGGGUCUUUACCAACAUUGAGGAAAAAAAUCCCCCUUUAUUUUGUUAUUUGUGACAACGAACAACAUGUUUUCAUGUGCCUUGAAUUGUUCUUUCUAAAAUAUUAAAACUGGAUUCUGAAAAUGGUUGGGUUGAAUGUCUGUAUUGUUGGCUAUUUGAGUGCAGAUAUGAUAAGUGUCCUCUCUGUGAUUCUGCGCUGCCUUCUACAUAUUACCUUCCUACGCCUCGAUCGUUUAAGAUUAGGAGGAUUAGUGGCUCCCUGUGAUUGAUUCUGCUGAGCCAGGCUCUGUGAUCUCUUCCACUCUCUUUCUCUGACUCCGAUUUGCCUUUGAUCAAGAUCUGUUUGUAUCUCCACCUCUUUAGCUUAGAGCUAUCCUAGCAUAGACUCCAGAGUCGCUUUCAAACCUGUGUAACUACAGUAUGUUUACAACCAUGUACAAAUGAAAUAAAUGUUUGGUGCUUUGCCAAAUGCACACUGCAA